AUGGCUAACAGUCCUCCUUCUAGGCCUCCCCAACUUCUCGAUCAUUACAUCGGAAUUGAUGUGGGCACUGGCUCCGCCAGAGCUUGCAUCAUUGAUGAGACCGGCGAUAUCAAGGCCCUGGCCACCGAGCCCAUCAAGCUGUGGCAGCCAGAGACCGGAUUCUACGAACAAUCGACCACAGACAUCUGGGCAUGCAUUUGCCUCUGCGUUAAGCAGGUUCUCAUCGACUCCUCGGUUGACCCUGCCAAGAUCAAGGGAAUCGGCUUCGAUGCUACCUGCUCCCUCGCCGUCUUCAGAGACGACACCGAUGUUCCCGUCCCUGUCACAGGCCCCGACUUCGAUAACGCCGAUGGCAACGACCGCAACGUCAUCCUUUGGCUGGACCACCGUCCCGUCGAGGAGACGGAGAAGAUCAACGCCACUGGCCACAACCUGCUCAAGUACGUCGGCGGCACCAUGAGCAUCGAGAUGGAGAUUCCCAAGGUGCUCUGGCUCAAGAACCACAUGCCCAAGGAGCUCUUCGACCGCUGCAAGUUCUACGACCUCGCGGAUGCCCUUACGCACAUGGCCACCGGCAACGAGACGCGAAGCUUCUGCAGCACCGUUUGCAAGCAGGGCUACGUCCCUGUGGGUGUCGACGGCAGCGUCAAGGGCUGGCAGGAGGAUUUCCUUACGACAAUCGGUCUGGAAGACCUUUGCAACGACAACUUCAAGCGCAUGGGCGGCGUCAACGGGGUGAACGGAAAGUACCAGAGUGCCGGCGAGCUCGUCGGAACUCUCAGCAAGAAGGCUGCCCGGGAGUUGGGACUUCCCGAGGGCAUUGCCGUCGGUGGUGGUGUGAUUGACGCGUACGCUGGAUGGAUCGGCACCGUCGGAGCCAAGGUCGAGCUCCCUCCUGAUCAUCUCGACGAGGAGGCGCCCAAGAACGACCUGUCCCAGGCUUUCCAUAGGUUGGCGGCGGUUGCCGGAACAUCCACGUGCCACCUAGCCAUGUCCCGAGAAGCUGUGUUCGUGCCCGGCGUUUGGGGUCCUUAUCGCGAUGUGCUUCUGCCUGAGUUCUGGAUGGCCGAAGGUGGUCAGUCCGCCACCGGCGAGCUCCUCCGUCACAUUCUCGAUAUCCAUCCCGCAUACGUCGAGACUCAGGCGCUUGCCACGGCCGAGUCGAAGAACAUUUACGACUUCCUGAACGCUCAUCUGGAGUACAUGCGAGAGAAGGCGAACGCUCCUUCCAUCUCCUACCUAGGCCGCCACUUCUUCUUUUAUGGCGACCUCUGGGGCAACAGAUCACCCGUUGCCGACCCCAACAUGAAGGGUGCCGUCAUUGGCCUGAGCAGCGACAAGACGACAGACAACCUCGCGCUGUGGUACUACGCGACUAUGGAGUUCAUUGCCAUGCAGACGCGUCAGAUCGUCGAGUCGAUGAACAACGCUGGUCACGUCCUCAACACCAUCUUCAUGUCCGGCAGCCAGUGCCAAAACCCGCUGCUCAUGGAUCUGAUGGCCACCAUCUGCGACAUGCCCGUUCUCGUGCCCCGCUACGUCAACGCUGCCGUCGUCCACGGCGCCGCCAUGCUGGGUGCCAAGGCGGCCACCGCGUCCGAGGACGGCACCACGGAGAACCUGUGGUCCAUUAUGGACCGCAUGAGCAAGCCUGGCAAGCUCGUCAAGCCCGGCACUCUGAAGGGAGAGAAGUUCCUCUUCGACGCCAAGUACAAGGUCUUCCUCGAGCAGUGCAAGACACAGCAGGAGUACCGCAAGCAGGUUGAUGUCGCUGUUGACCAGUGGCUGCAGAACUAA